AACUGGUAACAGUGAUUAAGCAGGAGUUUUGGCAGUUAGCUAACGGGCGUUAAGUUUAACGUUUUAUGAGCGUCGCAGAGUCUAUAAAAUCAGCAGAGUCCGUUACGUUGGAGGUAGUGCUUCUUCUUCCUCCCCUGCCCCCCUUACUACUUUCUCUCUCUAGAAAAAAAAAAAAACCCUUUCUCGUUAUCCAGUUUCACAUUCUUAGAGAGAGAGAGAGAGGAUAGUGGAAAGCGGAAACGGCGUCGUAAUGGCGGCUUCGAAGAAAUUGGUGGUGUCUCUUCUUCUGUCAGCCGUGCUGUUCAUGCUUCUCGUCGGAGGUGUGGCUAGAUUUCACAGAGACGAAACCCUGAAAUCGAGUGCGAUGGAGAAAGAGCAGAGCUCCACAAACGCAACAAUGGCGGCAAAGUUUGAAGGAAUUGAUGAUCCGGAAGAGGUUGUAAGAAUGGUUGAAAUGGCGACUCGAAACAGCACAGAGAGGCGAAAGCUCGGGUUUUUCUCAUGUGGGACCGGAAACCCGAUCGACGACUGCUGGCGGUGCGAUCCAAACUGGCACAAGAACCGGAAGAGGCUGGCCGACUGUGGCAUAGGCUUUGGCCGGAAUGCGAUUGGCGGCAGGGAUGGCAGAUUCUACAUAGUGACCGAUCCGGGCAAUGACGACCCCGUGAACCCUAGGCCCGGAACACUCCGCUACGCUGUCAUCCAAACCCAGCCGCUUUGGAUUUUGUUCAAACGUGACAUGGUUAUUACGCUGAAGCAAGAACUGAUUAUGAACAGCUUCAAGACAAUAGACGGUCGUGGGGCGAACGUCCACAUUGCGAACGGAGGGUGUAUCACGAUUCAGUAUGUGACGAACGUGAUUAUUCAUGGGCUGCAUAUUCAUGACUGCAAGCCGACUGGUAAUGCUAUGGUGAGGAGCUCCCCUUCGCAUUACGGGUGGAGGACUAUGGCCGAUGGAGAUGCGAUCUCGAUUUUCGGGUCGAGCCACAUUUGGGUUGAUCAUAAUUCGCUAUCGAAUUGUGCGGAUGGGCUUGUCGAUGCUGUUAUGGGGUCCACUGCGAUUACCGUCUCGAAUAAUUACUUCACUCACCAUAAUGAGGUUAUGCUGUUGGGACACAGCGAUUCGUAUAUGAAAGACAAGCAAAUGCAGGUGACUAUUGCGUAUAAUCAUUUCGGUGAGGGGCUUAUGCAGAGGAUGCCGAGGUGCAGGCAUGGAUACUUUCAUGUGGUGAACAACGAUUACACGCAUUGGGAAAUGUACGCGAUUGGAGGGAGUGCAGAGCCGACAAUCAACAGCCAAGGCAACAGAUAUCUUGCACCAGUCAAUCCUUUCGCAAAAGAGGUGACGAAGAGGGUUGACACGGGUGAAGGUCAAUGGAAGGGGUGGAAUUGGAGAUCGGAGGGCGAUUUGAUGCUCAAUGGAGCUUACUUCACCCCCUCUGGAGCUGGUGCUUCGGCUAGCUACGCUAGAGCUUCGAGCUUAGGGGCAAAAUCGUCAUCUAUGGUCGGAACUAUUACUUCUGGUGCCGGAGUUCUCGGUUGCAAACGAGGACAUCAGUGCUCUAAUUAAAAACAGUUUUUUUUUUUUUUUUUUCUUUUUUCUUUCUUGUUUUCUGUUUAAAUCCCACUUCACAUUGGCAAGUGUACAUUUUUUACACAUGUCCAAUUUCAUCUUUCUUCUUCUUCAUCUUCUCAAUCUCAGACCAUCCAAUCACCAUUGUUGCUCAACCUCGGCCUGCUUCAGUUGAAAGAAAAAAAACAAUGCUGUUCUGGUAGUGGGCGCGGAAGCGUUGUCCAAAAUCUCGUUUUUUUUUUUUAAAUUUCAAAAAUUCGAUCCUCUUUCGGGAAUGUCCAGAUUUGUCAGCCUCUCUUCUGUCAGUCUUGAGUCUGCAAAAUUGUGUUGGCUUAUGUUCUUUCAUAGGAACUGAAUGAUAAUUGUAAUUGUCCUUUUUCUUUUUUUUUUUUUUAGAUUUCUUUUGAGUCAUACAAUAUUGUGAUAGAGAUAUGAUGAUGCAUAUUAAUUAGCCUUUUAUUUUUUUUUUGCUUAAAUCUUUGUUAAUUACCUUUUUUUUUUUUUUUCUUUGUUGAUUGUUAAUGAAAAAGCAAUGUUUGGAG